AUGCCUUCAAGAAGACAAAAUCGAAACCGAGUAGAGGAGGAGGAAGAACAGAGAGAUCCUACACCGCCACCUCCACCUCCUCCACAGCAAGAGAUGAGAGUAGAAGAGCUCUUCCUCCGACAAAACCCACCUACUUUCAGCGGAGCCGGAGACCCCGCUGAAAUGGAAGAAUGGAUCAGAAGUAUGGAAAGGAUCUUUAGGUUCCUUAGAUGCAAUGAUGCUGAGCGCCUUAUGUGCAUGACCUACCAGCUGAAGGGGUCUGCAGAUUUUUGGUGGGAGGCCAAACAGAAGACUUUGACCCCAGAACAAAUAGAUGAACUUACGUGGAAGCAAUUCAAAACAGCUCUCUGCGAGAAAUAUAUACCACGUAGCUAUCGCAGAAAGAAAGAAAUGGAGUUCGCGAGUUUGAAGCAAGGAAAUAAAACGGUAGCUGAAUAUGACCGUUUGUUCUGCGACUUGGCUCGAUAUGCACCAUAUCGAGUAGACACUGAUGAGAAAAUGUCGGAGUUGUUUUGUUCCGGUUUAAAGCAUGAGAUUCGAGUUGUCUUAGCAAGUCAGAGCACACUUACGUAUGCUGAGGCACUGAACAGGGCACCAGAUAUGGAACUGGCAAUGCAGCCAGAGAAGACGAGUCAACCUUCUGUACCCCAAGUGAACCCGAAUGCUCAAUCGGGGAGUCAAUCCUUCUUUGGACAAGGACAGAAGGGUAAAAGGAAGUGGGACGAGAGAAACCAAGGUCCCGAGAAGCCGUGGCAAGGAAAAUGGAAGAAGACGCCAAUUAUCUCGGCUUUGCAAGCCAAGAAGCUUUUACAAAGGAAGGAUACGACCGCGUAUGUCAUAUAUUUGAACCAGAAGGAGGAAUCCAAAGUGGAUAUUGAUGAUGUGCCAAUUGUGCGAGAGUACAAAGACGUUUUCCCUAAAACUUUGCCAGGUUUACCACCUGAUCGACAGCUCGAGUUUACGAUAGACCUCGAACCUGGAGUCGCACCGAUGUCGAAAGCGCCAUAUAGGAUGGCCCCUGCAGAGUUGCAAGAAUUAAAGCUACAACUCCAAGAACUUCUAGACUUGGGAAAAGCCAAUGUCGUGGCUGACGUGUUGAGCAGGAAGAAUCAAGUGGAGUUAGGAUUUCUCCUUACUCAAGAGAAGAGCUUGAUCAGAGAAUUCGAAAAGAUGAAAUUGGAGGUAGUAAUACCACCCCAGACGGCAGAGAGCAUGAUUGCUACGCUAAGCAAUACCCCCGACCUACGAUCGAGGAUAGUCACAGCGCAGAGGGAGGAUGAAAAGUUUGAGAAGCUACGAUCAAAGAUCCGAAUUGAGAAGAUGGAGGGAUAUCAUGAAGCGGCCGACAACGCCAUCAUGUUUGAAGGACGAUUGUGUGUGCCUAAUGUAGAAGAGUUAAAGAAUGAAAUCAUGAGCGAGGCUCAUGACACACCCUACGUUGCACACCCAGGAAGUACAAGAAUGUACCAAGACUUGAAAACAAAGUUUUGGUGGGAGGGCAUGAAGCGAGAGAUUGCAUCCUUUGUUGAGAAAUGUUUAGCAUGUCAACAGAGAGAGAGCAACACUAAAGGAUUUUACUUAGAUCCUUUAAGAUCACACCACCGCCCACGCCACCCUAUGCGCCACCUGCUAACGCCACAUGUAAGGAAAAGAGGGAAAAAAAGGGGAGAAAAGAAAGUGGAUAAGCUACAGCAGCAGCAGCUCUUCCCAUUGGCCGGGCAGCCGAAGAGCCGCACGCCAAGACUGCAGCAGCAGCUCCUCCCAUUGGUCGGGCAGCCGAAAGGCCUCACGCAAGCUGCAGCGAGCAGCAGCUCUCCUCCCAUUGGCCGGGCAACCGAAAAGCCGCACGUCAAGACUGCAGCAGCAGCUUCUCCCAUUGGCCGGGAAAUCGAAAGGCCUCACGCCACCUCACCUGCUGCACCCUAUCUCAGCCUAUGCUCUCCCUUCGGCACUCAAGUGCACACAGUCGAGCUCUUCCUAUAA